AUGGAUAAUGACAAUGGAGAAAGAUUUGUGCAAAUGGUAGUUCCACAGUUUUCCAAAAGUGGUAUCUGCUUUGCCUUCAUAGAAAAAAUCCUCAUGUUAUCUUCUAUCAUAGAAUUGAAUAAUAUGCUAGAACAGGGGGCAAGAAUACAUGACAAAGUCAUGGACAGUAAAGCCAAUGUAUUGGUGUUUUAUGGAGAAGCUAUCUCCAUGGUACUGCUGAGAUGGUUUCCAUAUCUAUCAAAAAAAGACAAUGACAUCAACUUAACAAAAGGCAAAUUGUGGAUAAUGACAGCCCAGAUGGAGUUCACUGCAGUUGCCUUUCAAAGGAAUUGGUAUACAGAACUAUUCCAUGGUGCUCUCUUCUUCAGAAUUCACACCAAUGACCUUCCAAGAUUUGAGAUAUAUGUUGAAGACAGAAAUCCUUCCAGCAUAGAAGAAGAUGGGUUUAUCAGGGACUUCUGGAAACAGGCUUUUGGCUGUGUAUUCGCAAAUACAGUUCUAAAUGAGGAGGAAGGGGACAUUUGCACUGGGAAGGAGAAGCUGGAGAGCCUUCCUGGUGAUUUUUUUGAAAUGAGCAUGACUGGUCACAGCUACAGUAUCUACAAUGCUGUCUAUGCUGUGGCCCAUGCUUUACAUGCCCUGUCCUCAUCUAGAGUCAAACACAGGGCAAUAGUGGAUGGAAGGGGAUUGAAGCUUCAUAAUCUUCAGAUGUGGCAGCUCCAUCGCUUUCUGAGACAUGUUUCAUUUAACAACAGUGCUGGGGAAAAGAUCUCAUUUGAUCACAAUGGACAGUUAUUAGCUGGAUUUGAUAUUAUCAACUGGGUUGUUUCUUCAAAUCAAUCAUUUCAUGCAGUGAAAGUUGGAAGGAUGGAUCCUGAAGAUCCCACAGACCAAGCAUUCCUCAUUGAUGAGGAUGCCAUUACAUGGCACAGAUGGUUUAACCAGGCCAAGCCUCUUUCUACAUGUAGUGAGAAUUGCCAUCCUGGUUUUAGUAAGAAAGUGAAGGAAGGGGAGCCAUUUUGCUGCUAUGAUUGCAUCCCAUGUCCAGAAGGGAAGAUGUCAGACCAUGAGGACAUGAAUGACUGCAAUAAAUGUGCUGAAGAAAAAUAUCCAAGCAAGAAUCAAGAUUUAUGUAUUCCCAAGAUUGUAACCUUCUUGUCUUAUGAAGAACCUUUGGGAGUCAUUUUAGCCUCCUUUGUUCUUAUUUUUUCUCUGAUCACAGCUCUGGUGCUAGGAAUGUAUAUGAAGCAUCACAACACUCCCAUCAUCAAAGCCAACAACCGAAAUCUCACCUACACUCUCCUCAUCUCCCUCCUGCUCUGCUUUCUUUGUGCAUUGCUAUUCAUUGGCAAGCCUCACAAUGUGACAUGUCUCCUCCGGCAAACCACUUUUGGGAUCAUCUUCACAGUAGCUGUUUCUUGUGUGUUGGCAAAAACCAUCUUGGUGGUUCUGGCUUUCAUGGCCACAAAACCAGGAUCCACAAUGAGAAAAUGGGUGGGGAAGAGACUGGCCAACUCUAUUAUUCUUUUUGGUACCCUUGUUCAAGUAGGUAUCUGUACAGUGUGGUUGGCAACCUCUCCUCCAUUCCCAGAUGAGGACAUGCACUCAGUGAUUGAAGAAAUUGUACUGCAAUGUAAUGAAGGGUCUGUAACAAUAUUUUACACUGUUCUAAGUUACAUGAGCUUCCUGGCACUUGCCAGCUUUACUGUGGCCUUCUUUGCUAGGAAACUGCCAGAUAGUUUCAAUGAAGCCAAAUUCAUAACUUUCAGCAUGUUGGUCUUUUGCAGUGUUUGGUUAUCCUUUGUUCCAACCUACUCAAGCACCAAGGGAAAAUACAUGGUAGCUGUGGAGAUCUUCUCUAUCUUAGCCUCCAGUGCUGGAUUGCUGGGUUGCAAUUUUUUCCCCAAAUGUUACAUUAUUAUGUGGAGGCCUGAGUUGAACAACAGGGAACAGCUAAUAAGAAGAAAAGUAUGA